AUCUUCACCUUCUCCCUAAUCUCUUCAAAUUUAUUACUCCUACUAUACUAAAACAUCUAGAUUUCGGCAGCAUUUAUUGGGUAGGUACACAUAUCAACUGUCCAGCUAUAAUUAUUUAAAGAAGUGAGACUUACAUAUAUAGCUUACCAAAUCCUUAAUUUUAGAAUUAAAAUAUUAAACGACGACUAUAUAAAGGAGCAUUCACUUCCCCAUACUUGACACCUCCCAAUUUUUCUCAUUUUCAAGCACUUGCUAUAUUCUUAAUUAUUUUGUAAUGGAAGAAAGUAAAAUUCUCCAAUAUUUUGAGGGCAAGACCAUUUUAAUCACUGGUGCCACUGGCUUUCUAGCAAAGAUAUUUCUAGAGAAGAUACUUCGAUUGCAACCCAAUGUGAAGAAAUUAUUUCUUCUAAUGAGAGCGAGCCCUAAAGUAUCUGUCCAGCAGCGUUUAGAAGAAGAGGUUGUGGGCACGGAGUUAUUUCGAGUGCUAAGAGAAGAAUGUGGGGAAGAUUUCGACUCUAUAAUAUCCUCAAAAGUUGUUCCAAUAUCUGGGGAUGUUGGCUAUGAAAAUUUAGGUAUAGUUGAUGCACAGCUGCGACAACAAAUGUGGCAAGAAAUUGAUGUUAUCGUCAACUCAGCCGCAACUACCAAAUUUGACGAGAGGUAUGAUAUAGCAUUUGGAAUCAAUGCGUUGGGAGCCAUGCACGUUCAAGACUUUGGCACAAAGUGUUCCAAACUAGAGAUGCUUCUUCACGUCUCCACGGCUUAUGUGCAUGGCACUAAGUUGGGAUUGAUGCCCGAAAAGGCUAUUUGCAUGGGUGAAACACUUCCUGGCGCCAAAAUACCAUAUUUUGACAUCAAUGCAGAAAAGAGUGUAAUUCAAGAAAGAUUAAGAUUGCUCCAAUCGCAAAAGCUGUCUGAAAAAGAAAUCACUCGAGCUAUGAAGGACUUCGGCAUUGAAAGAGCAAUGUUGCAUGGAUGGCCAAAUACAUACGUAUUUACAAAGGCAAUAGGGGAAAUGCUGCUGGAGAAAUUCAACCAAAACUGCAAUGUCGUUAUAAUUCGUCCAACUAUUAUUACAAGCACCUUCAAAGAUCCAUUUCCUGGUUGGAUCGAAGGUCUAAGAACUUUGGACAGCAUAUUUGUUGCUUAUGGUAAAGCGAAGAUCAAAUUCUUCGUAGGUGAUCCAGAAUCGGUAAUUGACUUGGUACCAGGUGACAUGGUGGUGAACUGCAUGAUUGCAGCAAUAGCAAAUUCAAUUAGUGGAAAAGGGAGUAUAAGUGUAUACCAAAUAGGUUCAUCGAGGCGUAAUCCAGUGAAAUACGAUGAGCUUAAGUGGUUAAUGCAUCGUUAUUUAAUUAAUAAUCCAUUGAUUGAUAGCUGCGGAAAACCUACCAAAGUUGGUGUUCCAGUUAUUUUGAAUACAAUGGCCAGCUUCCACAACUAUAUUUCUUUCCACUAUUUGCCAUUUGUCCAGAUGCUUAGAAUGGCAAACAUUGUAUGUUGCAAUCUUUUUGAAAGUUCAUACACCAAUGCAAAAAGAAGAAUCAAUCAUGCCAUGCGACUAGCUGACCUUUACAAGCCUUACUUGUUUUCACAAGCAAUCUUUGAUGACAGUAACACUGAGAAUUUACGAAUGAGAAUGAGAGGAAGCAACAUCGACAUGGAAUUAUUUAAUUUUGAUCCCAAAUGCAUUAUGUGGGAUGACUACCUUUUGAACACUCAUUUUCUAGGAAUAGCCAAAUAUGUCUUGAAUUGCUAGUUGUGUAAUUAUGUAUCUACUCUCUCUCUCUCUUCUCUCCUUGGAGAAUUUGUAAUAUUAUUUUCAUACAAUUAAUUGAAUGAUAUUAUUAUUUGGGCAAA